AUGUUAUGCGAAUUAGCUUGCGCUGAUGUUUAUCAUAUCGUUUAUAAGCAUAAACGGUUAAUAUUAUUGUAUGCUGGUGUUCAAGAAUUACAUGAACAACAUCAGUUAACAUUAAAUCAAUUAGUUACAGAAUUAUAUGAAACAAAAAUGGAAAGUGAUCAAGUUGUAUUACUACAUACCAUGAUCAAUGACGAAAUCGACAAAAUUAUUCUUGCUUUGACAAAACUCUUUUAUUCAAUGACCCAUUUAAUAAAUGUUGUUAUACUUUUAGGUAUUGGUAUUCAUACAAUACUUGAAUUAGAAACAACAAACACAUAUAGAACAUAUUAA